UUAGACACGUCCCGCGCGUGCACGCAACGUCUCGCGAGCGUUCUGCGUUCGAAAACAAUUUAUUCAUACGCCGUACGUUGUAAUCACACGAAGUUGUAAUAUGUCCAUUGGGAACAGACGCGAGAAACUUCGGUCGCCGCUGAGUUUCUGGAAUUUUACGCCGAUUGGAACCAACACUUGAGCAACAAAUAAAAGACAUUUGUGUAAAAACUACUAUAACAAAGUUUAAAUUUGAAAAAAUUUCAAGAAGAUAAAACCCGAAAUUUUUUGAAAGAAGAGAAACACUAUUUUGUCAGUUUUGUACAAAAAUACCCAUUUAAGAGUCAUGGAUUGUCUAUAAAUGUAUGAACAACUCUGGUUUGAUAUUAAAGGUUUUGGAGCAAUAGAAAAAGAUUUUAUUUGAUCAGAUAGCUUCAAAUAAACUCGAGAAGCUUUUCAAGAAACUUUUAAGUCAAAUGUCUGUUUAUACAAGUUUUAUAGUAUCUGGCUUUUUUUUACAUGUGUAAUCAUCAACUUUUAGAAGACUGACUUGGAGCUUACUCAAUUACAUUUGUAUUUUAUAUAAAGCAACUUGCGUGUGUCUAACUUUUAUAAACUGAUUAUUAGGGAACAAAGUAGAAAUAUUUAAAAUACGUCUUAAAAUGUUGUUACCGCUAAUUUGUUUGUACGUGUAUUCUUGGACAUUCCAAUUUGUAAGCAGCUCCAGUCUUGUGGCGCCUCCUCUUUCGGCUCUGAUAGUUGCUUUUGAGAAUAUAUAUGAUCUGUCAUUACUCGCCAAUACUCUGUCAGAUGAGGGAAUCGACACCUCGUUGAUAAUACCAAAUUAUGCUGCUCAGAACAUUUAUAAUAAUUUGAUUGACGUUGAGGUGCUGCAAUUGAAUGUCAAUACUGGCAGUUCGACUUAUGCCGAGAAGCGCGCGCUACAAGCAUGUGACAGUCUCUUGAAGGAUGAGAAGAUAUUGAAGAAAUUACAGGAGAUUCAGCCCACAAUCACCAUAUUUCCGGCAUUGAGACACGACGGUUGUUUGCUGCCAUUCGUGAGACACAUCGAUUCUAUCCCGGUGAUUUGGAUACAAAAUUCAGACGAAGAAUUGUACGCGUUUGAAAGCACCGGGGUCGCUCUGUCGGUGAAUAACGGCAGUUUUUUUUCGAGAUUGGCGACGACGUUUGCGGCAAGAUCUGUAUAUUCCAAUGCUAAGAACAAUUAUUUAUCUCCGGCUCUGCGAUUGGUGUGCAAAUACUUAACGUGCGAUGCAAAUGUCGAGUUUGACCGUCUUUAUUCCGACGUCCGUCUAGUGCUCUGGGGAGCCGACACGGUGUUACGUUCGAAUUUUGCGUCUCUGACAGAAAUGCUUGUACAGAUUGGCUGUCACCACUGCAGAGGUCCGCAACCGUUACCCGCGGACUUGCAGAAACCGUUGAUAGAACACAGAAUGGGAACUGUUAUUGCUCUCUUGGACGAGAGUUACGAGACGCUGAUACGAGAAUUGGCAAAGAAAUUGCCUCAGGAUAGGCAAGGCCUAGCCGUAGUUUGGAAAGUUAACAGGGAUAACGCGCACAUUCCCGCGAAUCUUUACAUUCGCAAAAACAUCGAUCGACAAGAUCUCAUAGGUUACAGUCGAACACGAGUUGUGUUGAGUCACUGCGACGAUACGGAACUUCUGGAGAACGCCUUUCACAGAACACCCGUGAUAUGUUUUCCGCGAAACGAGCACGAGUCUCGCAACGCCGCGCGAGCGGUCGAGCUGGGUUUCGCGCGUUCCUCGACCGAUCAAGCCACAGCCGAAGAGAUCGCGAGUUAUGUGCAAACGAUGCACGAGAACGUCGCGUACAGCGAGAGCGCGCGCAAAAUCUCGCUCGCGAUACGCGACAGACUGACCCCGGCGUCCGACAGACUUGUUUACUGGCUGCGCUACGUCGCGCGAACAAAAGACGAUAGCGAGAAGUUUCAUCAGCCGAAGAGCCAGUCGAGAACUCUCACGGAAGAUCUUCAAUUCUUUGUGGGUCUUUUAGUGGGUAUAUUUUUUGGACUCAUGUGCGCGGGCUGCGCGGUGAUUGCAUAUCUUAUGCGAGCCACCAAGGCGCAGAGAUCGAAAGGACGAUACGCACGAUGACUUAAGUCGAUAACUGAGUUUGAGGUUCUAACAAACAAACGACACACUGGCAUAUGGACGUUUCUGUAUAUGUAUAUUUAUAUAAAUGCACGUAGAAUUAUAUAAUAAUAAUAAUAAUAAUAAUAAUAUACAGGUACAUACGAAUAUAAAUGUUUUUACCAACUAAAAUAUCUCAUAGUUAUAUCUUAGUUUUUUUUUUUUUUUUUUUUUUUUUUUAG